AUGGGAGUCCCGGCCUUCUUCCGCUGGCUGAGUCGCAAAUACCCGUCCAUCGUCGUCCACUCGGUGGAGGAGAAGCCUAAAGAAUGCAAUGGCAUCAAGAUUCCAGUGGAUACAAGUAAACCUAAUCCUAAUGAUGUGGAAUUUGACAACUUGUACUUGGAUAUGAAUGGCAUCAUUCAUCCUUGUACCCAUCCUGAAGAUAAACCAGCACCUAAAAACGAGGAUGAGAUGAUGGUUGCCAUUUUCGAGUAUAUUGACAGAUUAUUUAACAUUGUGAGACCAAGAAGGUUGCUGUACAUGGCCAUUGAUGGUGUGGCACCUAGGGCUAAAAUGAAUCAACAGCGUUCAAGACGUUUUAGGGCAUCCAAGGAGGGGGUGGAACUGACUGAGGAAAAAAAUCGAAUACGUGAGGAAGUUCUGUCCAAAGGCGGUUUUUUGCCUCCUGAUGAGAUAAAGGAGCGAUUUGAUAGCAACUGUAUUACACCUGGAACAGAGUUUAUGGACAACCUGGCAAAAUGCCUUCGCUAUUAUGUUGCAGAUCGUCUUAACAAUGACCCUGGUUGGAAAAACAUUACGGUCAUUUUAUCGGAUGCUAGUGCACCAGGCGAAGGGGAGCACAAAAUUAUGGAUUACAUCAGAAGACAGAGAGCACAGCCUCAUCACGACCCAAACACUCAUCACUGCUUAUGCGGAGCUGACGCUGAUCUAAUAAUGCUUGGGCUAGCUACCCAUGAAGUGAACUUUACGAUCAUAAGAGAAGAAUUUAAGCCUGAUAAAAAAAGACCCUGUCCAUUGUGCUCACAAAUUGGACAUGAACUGAAGGAGUGUCAGGGAUUGCCUCGUGAGAAGAAAGGCGAGCAUGACGAAUUUGCAGACACCAUACCUGGCUCUGAGCAGGAGUUUAUUUUCAUUCGUCUUAAUGUAUUGCGUGAGUAUCUAGAGAGAGAGCUGGCAAUGGCAAGCUUGCCUUUCCCAUAUGACUUUGAAAGAACUAUUGAUGACUGGGUUUUCAUGUGUUUCUUUGUUGGAAAUGACUUUCUGCCUCACUUACCCUCUCUUGAGAUCAGGGAGGGUGCUAUCGACCGUCUUGUAAACAUCUACAAGAAUGUGGUCCACAAGACUGGGGGCUAUCUUACGGAGAGCGGGUUUGUGAACCUGGAGAGGGUGCAAAUGAUCAUGCUAGCAGUUGGAGAGGUUGAAGACAGCAUUUUCAAGAAGAGGAAGGAAGAUGAUGAGAACUUUAAGAGGCGACAAAAGGAGAAAAGAAAGAGAAUGAAGGCGGAGCAGAACCCAACUUUUAUCCCAACUGGCCAGUUUGCUCCUUAUGCCCUAGGUCGGGGUAACUCCUCUAUCCCUCAAGCCAUAAGUAAUGCGAGAGAGACAGCAUAUGAGAUGCGCAAGCAAAAUAUGAACUCCAAUGACAAAGAAGGCCUAUCAGGAACAAAAAGAAAAGCAAAUGACAGUGACAGUGAGCCCGAGCCAGAAGAUAAUAUCAGACUGUGGGAAUCUGGUUGGAAGCAACGUUAUUAUAGAAACAAAUUUGACGUCGAUUCCGCUGACGAGAAAUUUCGACGUAAAGUUGUACAGUCAUACGUGGAAGGACUCUGCUGGGUAUUACGUUAUUACUACCAGGGCUGUGCCUCUUGGAAGUGGUUUUUCCCAUUCCACUAUGCUCCUUUUGCUUCAGACUUUGAAAAUAUCGCCGAACUUUUUAAGGAGUUUGAAAUAAACACAAAACCAUUCAAGCCACUGGAGCAAUUGAUGGGUGUUUUUCCAGCUGCUAGUGGCAACUUCUUGCCUCUUACCUGGAGACGUCUUAUGAGCGAUCCUGAAUCUAGUAUAAUUGACUUCUACCCCGAUGACUUUGCACUUGAUUUGAAUGGCAAAAAAUAUGCCUGGCAAGGUGUUGCUCUGUUGCCAUUUGUUGAUGAGCGGCGGCUAAGAGCUGCUUUGGAAGAGGUUUACCCUGACCUCACUCCUGAAGAAAUACGAAGAAACAGCCUUGGAGGAGACCAUCUCUUCGUUGGGAAACACCAUCCCCUCCAGGAAUUUAUACAUGAGCUGUACAGGAGCAGCUGUAAAGAGCUAACAGAUAUUCCACCUGAACUGUGCCAUGGCAUUCAGGGCAAAAUGGAUACUGAUGAUGGAGCUGUUCUUCCAAAUGUGACUGUGGAAUCUCCUGUUCCCAUGUUACGGAAUUUGAGUCAAAAUUAUGCUAUUAGCAUCAAAUUUAAUGACCCACAAUAUGAAGAUGGCUAUGUCUUCAAAGCCGUAGUUCUGGCAGGGGCAAAGAAACCACCGGUAACAUUAAAGCCUGGCGACUGGGAGCGAACUAACAACAAUGGCAGGCCCUGGAGACCACGCCUUGGCUUCAAUUCUGACCGCAAGCCAGUUCACUUGGAGCAAUCUGCUUUCAGGACUUUGGGGCAUUCCUUGCCACAAGCCCGGGGGCAUCAGAGAGAUGGACUGUACAGCAAUGCCCCACCACCUGGAGCUUUUAACCCUGUAAAUGUAUACCGGAUGCCCAGUCACCACCAGCCACCAUUGUUCAGUACUCCACCAAUUCCCAGAAUGCAGAAUGCAUGGGCUAAUCAUCCACCACGUUACAACCAGCCACUACAAAGACAUUAUGGGCAUAACCCAGUCCAGCAUUAUCCAAACCCUGGACAUGGACCAAGUAACUACUAUCAGCGGCACAGUAGUGAUUGGACUAGACAACCCUACAACCAGGGAAGGAAUUACCAAAUGCCACCCCAGUCGGAAGAUACAACAACCGGAAGU